GUAUUAUUAAUCGAUAAAUAAUUUUGCUUUAUAAUCGUCAUAUAAUUGGGGAAAGCAGGGAAUGUGGAUGAUCACUAUUCACUACUCUCGAGAAGACGAAAUUCGAAACCAACAAAAGGGGCGUUGCCACUACUAUACCACUAAAGGGCUUGAGUUGAAAAUUUUCAGUUAAUAUAUAACAGAAUGAAACUGACUUGGAGCUGCCAAACAAGAACCACAUGCACUAGGGUUAAUCAAAUUCGGCAUUGCGAAAUCUUUCGUCUUCAAAUUCUGGAUCAUCUCAAGAAAUACUACGAGUGGAAUCAUGAACUGUGAAGUUUUCAAGCUGAAAGAACUUGAUGUGGAGCAAUUUGAGAUACAAGAUGUUCUCCAAUGAUACCUUGUGUAGCUUUAUCCUAAAAAAUAGAAAGGUGAAAAUGGCUGCAGGCAUUCUUCAUUCAAUCAUGUUUCACAGAGCAUUUGGUCUGAUAUAUCCAAAGAAUGUGGAUUCAGAAAUCUUUGAGAUAACAUAUAUGCAGUGUAGUGAUUUUGUAAUUGAGAGGAAAGUUGAUGAGAAGAUUACCCAAUUUAUCGAUAAGGUGAAGAAGCACCCCAACCAGAAACACCAGAUCUGUGUAUCCUUCUAUGAAUCCAAAAACAAACAGACCUCAUGGUUCACAAAGAAAGUUGAACGUUGCUACUGGGAACACUGGUACAUAAAUUUGAGUGUGGCUCAUAAUCCGAAAGCAGAUUCUGGCAAGUCUCACCACUCCAAAGUUGUUAACCUAGAAGAGGGUGCACCUAUUGAGAGGGAGGUUCGGCACUCAGGACUGGAAUCAUCUCUUCGUGAAGUUCUUCUUCAGAUAAUCAACUUUGUGAACGAGAAAAAGGACCAUAUUCCCUCGAUAGAAAAUCUUGAGGGUACCUCAUUUCCCUUUGAGAUCACCAUCUCAAGUUUAUCAGAUUCUGCUUUUGGGAUGGAACUGCUCAAGAGAAUGCUCCCGCAUGGCAAUCGACCAUGCUCGGCUGACUUUCAGUUUCUAAAGGGAUCUGAUUUUGUUUAACUUCAUGAUUGGGGUAAGGUACAAUUGUUGUCAUCUGAUGUCUGAAAAUGGUGAAUGUUAGUUGUAAAUGGGGGAGGCUUCUGGCAGAUGACUAGCUCGGCUGAACGAAAUGAAAAUCAUAUGUUCAUAUCAUACUUGUCAAAACCACAAUUGUGCUCCUUUCUCGUGUUACUUCCCAUUUCGCUAUAUGAAUGUGCUCCCUAGAUCAGCUAUGGACUAACGAAAUCAGCACAUGAUCUAACUUUAAUCACAAUGCGUUAACAUUUGUGAAAAACUCUCUUCUUCCCUUCUA